UGCCCAAGCCUGUGUCUCCAAGGCAAAAAGGGACUGAGCCAGCUGAGGAGAAGCAGAAAGACAACCAAAGAACUGCAUUCUUGAAUACUAACUGCACCGAUCAGGGGGCAAGGCUACAGUAUGCACAACUUUUCAAUCAGCAGAGGUGACCAAAGAAUCCACUGACAAGCUACAGGUGUGACAGAAUCUGGCUCUUCACAUACCACUUAAACAACUCAUAUUCAACAGAAAGAAAAUACAGACAAGUUGGCAACGAUUCAAAUUCCAGAAGGACCAACACCAAAUAAAUUAUGAAUGUUGAACAAGAUGACCUUACAUCCACAGCAGAUAAUGAUAGGUCCUAGGUUUAACAGGGCCCUAUUUGACCCCCUGCUUGUGGUGCUACUGGCUCUUCAACUUCUUGUGGUGGCUGGUCUAGUCAGGGCUCAAACUUGCCCUUCUGUCUGCUCCUGCAGCAACCAGUUCAGCAAAGUGAUCUGUGUGCGGAAGAAUCUGAGAGAGGUUCCAGACGGCAUCUCCACCAACACACGGUUAUUGAAUCUCCAUGAGAACCAGAUCCAAAUAAUUAAAGUGAAUAGCUUCAAACAUUUGAGACACCUGGAAAUCUUGCAGUUGAGUAGAAAUCACAUUAGAACCAUUGAAAUAGGGGCCUUCAAUGGUCUGGCCAAUCUCAACACUCUGGAACUUUUUGACAAUCGUCUUACCACCAUCCCUAAUGGGGCUUUUGUAUACCUGUCAAAACUGAAGGAGCUUUGGUUGAGAAACAAUCCUAUAGAGAGCAUCCCUUCUUAUGCUUUUAACAGAAUCCCUUCCCUACGUAGAUUGGAUUUGGGGGAAUUAAAAAGGCUUUCAUACAUCUCAGAAGGUGCCUUUGAAGGUCUAUCCAAUUUGAGGUAUUUGAACCUUGCCAUGUGCAACCUUCGAGAGAUCCCUAACCUCACACCACUCAUAAAACUGGAUGAGUUAGAUCUUUCUGGGAACCAUCUGACAGCCAUCAGGCCGGGGUCCUUCCAAGGGUUAAUGCAUCUUCAAAAAUUGUGGAUGAUACAGUCCCAGAUUCAAGUGAUUGAAAGGAAUGCCUUUGAUAACCUUCAGUCACUGGUGGAAAUCAACCUGGCACACAACAACCUAACACUACUGCCUCAUGAUCUCUUCACACCACUCCGCCUAGAAAGGAUCCACCUGCACCACAAUCCUUGGAACUGCAACUGUGACAUUCUUUGGCUCAGCUGGUGGAUUAAGGACAAAGCACCCUCCAACACUGCAUGCUGUGCUCGCUGCAACACACCCCCCAGUUUGAAAGGAAGGUACAUCGGUGAGCUGGACCUGAAUUAUUUCACGUGUUAUGCUCCGGUGAUAGUGGAGCCACCAGCAGACCUCAACGUCACAGAAGGCAUGGCUGCAGAACUGAAAUGCCGAGCAUCGACCUCCCUGACCUCUGUAUCUUGGAUUACUCCAAAUGGAUCGGUUAUGACGCAUGGGGCAUACCGAGUUCGGAUUGCUGUGCUCAGUGAUGGCACAUUAAAUUUUACAAAGGUGACCGUGCAAGACACGGGCUUGUAUACCUGCAUGGUGAGUAACUCUGUUGGGAAUACUACAGCUUCUGCCACACUGAACGUCACUGCACUGGACAAUGGUUACACAUACUUUUCAACUGUCACGGUAGAGACUAUGGAACCUUCUCAGGAUGAGGCACGGACCACAGAGCAGAUUGGGCCCACACCAGUUAUUGACUGGGAGACCACUAAUGUGACAACUUCUCUUACUCCACAGAGCACAAGGUCGACAGAGAAAACAUUUACCAUCCCAGUGACAGAUGCAAGCAAUGGGAUCCCAGGAAUAGAUGAGGUUAUGAAGACUACCAAAAUCAUAAUUGGUUGUUUUGUGGCUAUCACUCUCAUGGCCGCUGUGAUGCUGGUAAUUUUCUACAAAAUGAGGAAACAGCAUCACCGGCAGAACCACCAUGCUCCAACACGGACUGUAGAGAUCAUUAACGUGGAUGAUGAGCUUACAGGUGAUACACCCAUAGAGAGUCACUUGCCCAUGCCAGCGAUAGAGCAUGAGCACCUAAAUCAUUAUAACUCUUAUAAGUCUCCUUUCAACCACACAACAACAGUUAACACAAUAAAUUCAAUACACAGUUCAGUGCAUGAACCGUUAUUGAUCAGAAUGAACUCAAAAGACAAUGUACAAGAGACUCAGAUCUAAAAUAUUUACAAAAUUGGGGGGAGGGGAAAUACAAAAAAGACGGUUUAUAAAACAAAUGACACAAAUGACUGGGCUAAAUCUACUGUUUCAAAAAAAGUGUCUUUACAAAAAAAAAGAAAUUUAUUUAUUAAAAAUUCUAUUGUGAUCUAAAGCAGACAAAAUUAUGUGUAUUCCUCAAAACCUCUUUUUGCUGCACUUAUUUACCCCUCUUCCUCCUUUCUCCCUCCCCUACCUGCCCCAACCCCAUUUGCCAUAUUUUUCAUAGGAGAUCUUGAUUCCCUAAAAGAACUGGUCUAGGAAAUUUUGUAAGAAUUCUGUCAUACUUUGGGAAUUUUUAUGGUGAACUCUAGUGGUGAGAGUCAGUCGAUUUUGUCUCUUUUUUCUGUUUUAUUUUUUUCUUUUCUCAUACCCUUCUUGAAAUGGUUCUACAGGGAAUGGAGCAUUAGCAGUAGAUUUGUAAGUGAGAAACAAGGAACAAGCAACAAUAACAACAAAAAAGCAAAGUCUUUUUUUUUCAUGUAAUGACCUGUUCUGUAUUUGCCAAGAGGACCAUUCUGUGGAAGAAGAAACAAAAAUCUAAGAAAUUAAUUUACUUGUGAACAUCUACAAAAAUCAUGAUCUUUUAAACAA